AUGGCACCGACAGGCAUGGAUGGACGAACCUACCAUAACGGUGGUCACAACAGUACGCCGCGCCUAGACUGGCCCCAGAGCCACACCCAGACUUUGUCCGCCGAUUCACCCUCUCGCCGUAUGGAACGCGCUUCGAUUACAAACCUGCGAACAUCCUCCCGCACCAACGCCCAGUCGAACCCCACGAUUCGAGCCGUAACACCGGAAUACCACCACCCUGAAGUCUCACCGGCCGUGUCCACAAGCUCCGUCUUCGACCCGGCUGCCCCUCUGCAUAUGGCACGUGGCUUUGCAUCAACCUCUCCUCAAACUUCUCCCAGAUCUAUACCCGGCGACUUUCAAAGGCGGCAGGGGAUGGUGUUCAACGAUACCUACGGUGGAAACUCGUACGAUAACAGUAGCUCGAGCAGCCCCCCGUUGAGGCAGUCUAGCAGCUUUCGCCCGAGGACACACACUAUGGACGGUGCGCUGAGGCAGCAAUUCCUAAAUGCCACCUCGAGGGAGGGCCGCCCACGUUUAGGAUCUUUCUCUUCUUCCGGGUCACAGCCGCUUUUUGACGAUGCCCGCUCGCCGCCUGCGCCCAUUGAAUCAAUGGGGUUUCCCUCAGUGGUCCCUGCCCGCCAUUCUGAAAUACCUGCGGGUGCCACGACGAGCUUGCGGGAGAAGAAGUCUUCUAGCAAACGAUUAAUCAAGCGUCAUUCUUCCCGACCAACCUCACCUCCAACGACAACACCCUCUGUGGACUCUCUACCCAUUCCUGUCCCAACCGACAACGCGAACAAUAUCCUUCUAUUAAUGAAGAAUCUUUGCGGCCGGAUGAGAGGCGAAAUCGAAUUUCAAACCGAGCCUUCGGGGGCAUGGCAGUCUGGCGUUGCAUACGUUGACGAGGAGAAGGGAUCGUUGAUGUUUGAUUCAGGCAAUGUUGGCCCUUUCCACGUACCUUUGGUAUCCGACUUGCGGGGGUGUCGUAUAUCUCCUGUUGAACUGCCCGAAGGGAAAAGAUGUUUGGAAAUAUCAUGCUGCACCCAACCCCCUGUUGAUCUAACGAUACAUCCACGUCUUGCAGAAGAGCGAGACCUCUGGCUAGCCGCGCUUCUAUGCUGGCAGCAGCUACGACCCCCGAAAGUGAAGCUAUCCAAUGGAAACCGAAGCCCAGCGCACAAUUCACUAAGGCCGGCAGUAAGAAGACGCGGCUCUGAAAACGGUACAGCCAAGACCACGAACGCACUCAUCAAAGUUGGGCAAGUCAGGCUGUGGGACAAGGGGCUGGCAAGUUCGCCAAGGGCUAUCGUCAAAAGACCCUCCACUCGGGACCUAAGAUCACCGACUACUUCGUGGCGGGUGGUGUCUUGCCUACUCCAAGAAAACGGUGAAAUCAGGCUUACCACUAACGAUGGCGAUGCUGUUAUUGCAGUGGUGGAGCUCUCCCAAUUGUCCCGGUGUGCCAUUCAACAGCUUGACAAAUCUGUCCUGGAUGAAGAAUAUUGCAUCGGCAUUUUCCCCCAUUAUUCUUCCAUAUCAACACAACUAUCAAUUUUUCGACCCGUCUACAUUGCGCUAGAAAACCGACUCCUGUUCGAAGUCUGGUUCGUUCUUCUGCGCGCGUUCGCUCUACCAGACAUUUUUUUACUAGACUCACCAUCGGCAGACGGUGCCGUGGAAAUCACGGAUUUGGAUUCCAACCUCCCAGGUGAAGUCUUUAGGAUUGAGAAGACGAUCAACCUGAGGGUAACAGAAGCCAAAUUGAAACCCAAAGUCUCCUCGCCAGAUAUCGGUUUUGUUGACCGACAGCCUAGAGACACAGACCCCCUUGUUGGCAAUUACCUGACUGAGGUAAUCCUGGAUGGGGAGGUGCGGGCUCGGUCCACCAUCAAGAGCGGAACCAAGAAUCCUUUCUGGAGAGAAGACUACCAGUUCUCGGACCUUCCGCUGGCCAUGCCAUUCCUUUCCAUCAUUCUGAAGAGAGUGGAUGGUAACCUUGAAACUUUUAGCCAUCAGUUGCAUGCAUCCUUGGGACUACCAAAGACAGGUAGUCUGAUGGAGGUUCUCUGUGGCUCAGUAGACAUCCCUCUUGACCACGUGGAGCCCGGCAAAGACCUUGAAAGAUGGCUUGACAUUUAUGAUGAACGGCAGCAGGUUAUGGGUACGAUGCUUGUCAAACUCCACCAUGAAGAGCUGGUGGUUCUCCACUCAAAAGAAUACCAGGCGUUAUCGACCCUCCUUCACAGCUUCCCGACCGGUCUUACGGCACAGAUUGCCGACGCACUUCCUGGAAAUCUCCGACGCCUUUCGGAGAUUUUCCUUAAUAUCUUCCAGGUUUCAGGACAUGCUAAUGAGUGGUUACAAACCCUGGUGGAAGAUGAAAUUGAUGGCAUCGGCGGGACCCAAAACCAGAUGAAGAAGUACAGAUUUAGCAGUCGACUGAAAUCCAGCGAGUCCCUGGACUCCCAUACUGGCAGAGAACAGAUUCUGCGCGAUAUGGGCAAGUCACUGGCUGGAGAGGCGAACCUGCUCUUCCGUGGUAAUACCUUGCUGACACAAGCUCUUGAAUUCCACAUGAGGCGUUCAGGCAAAGAGUAUCUGGAGCAAAUGCUGCAAGCAAAGAUAUUUGAGAUCAAUGAGAUGAAUCCCAAUUGCGAGGUCGACCCCAGCAAACUCAAGCCGGGUGAAAAUAUUCAGGAUCAUUGGAAUCGCCUCAUCCAGCUGACCACCGAGGUAUGGCAGUGUAUUUGCAAGGAGCCGACUAAGUGUCCUCCGGAAUUGCGGUCGAUUCUCAAAUACAUUCGGGCUGUUGCCGAGGAUCGCUACGGCGAUUGGCUGCGGACUGUGACCUACACCAGCGUGUCGGGUUUCUUAUUUCUCCGAUUUAUCUGCCCUGCCAUCCUCAGCCCCAAACUCUUUGGCUUGCUGAGGGAUCACCCCAGGCCACGGGCACAGCGAACACUAACCCUUGUCGCCAAAGCACUUCAAGCGCUUGGAAACCUAUCGACAUUUGGUAAGAAGGAAGAAUGGAUGGAGCCAAUGAACAAAUUUCUGGGUUCAAAUCGCCAGUCUGUGAAGGACUACAUCGACACCAUCUGCUCCAUUCCCGUCGAGCGUAACAAAGUCGCCUUGGGUCCGUCUUACUCGACACCGAUUGCGAUCCUCGGACGAUUAUCACCCACGGCUCGGGAGGGGUUUCCUGCGUUGCCUCACCUGAUCGACCACGCCCGCAACUUUGCUGCACUUGUGAAGAUGUGGACUGAGGCCAACCCCAUAGGUAAUGGCGAAAUGUCCAAGCCCACUGGCGGCGAAGACGACAUUCUCAUAUUUAACGAAAUGUGUACUGCAUUGCAAGAUCGUGCAGACUUAUGCUACUCAAAAAUGGAUGGCUCUCUGCAUGAUACGGCAUCGCUUCCCGCUUCCGAAUUCACCGAUGCGUUAGAACACAGCUCGGCAAUGCUCGAAUCUAUGAGCUUCUCGACUUAUCAUAACAACAACUCAGCCACGAACUCUACCACUGCUUCGACAGUCUGGGUUGAGCAAGACAGUCUUGUGCCUCCUGGAUCGGCCGGAAGUGAUGCUGUGGUUGACAGCUCAUCAUCCCGAAGCCGCGAGCAUCGUCGUGGCCGGGAUACAAGCUCGAUGAGGCAGUCGUCUGGGCAUUCGGAUCAUUCGUCAGGGCACUUGGCAACGCUCAAGCGUAAUGGCAGAGCUACGCGUCACAUCCUCUCCGGCAUCAUGAAGCCUUUUGGUCGUAGCGAAUCACCCGACUCAUCGCCAACGAUUUCACGAAGCAAGAAUUUUGAGCGAAACUGGAAUACAGGUUAUUGA